CCGGCUAAUAUCUCCUGUCCUCUUGGUUGCGUGCAGCUGCAGUUAGAGGUGACCCGUGUGGUUGGCAGUAGGUUAGUCUAGUCGUCGGUCGCCGAAGUUGUCCACUUUCAGCCAUGGGUGAACCUGUCAGAGUCUUGGUAACUGGAGCAGCCGGUCAAAUUGCGUACUCUCUUCUUUAUAGUAUUGCUAAGGGAGAUGUCUUUGGGAAAGACCAGGCUCUUGUUCUUGUCUUGUUGGAUAUCACCCCCAUGAUGGGUGUGCUGGAGGGAGUAGUAAUGGAACUGCAAGACUGUGCUCUUCCUCUUCUGAAAGAGGUCAUUGCAACAGAUAAAGAAGAGGUUGCCUUCAAAGACCUGGAUGUAGCAAUUUUGGUUGGCUCAAUGCCAAGGAAGGAAGGCAUGGAGAGAAAGGAUUUGCUUAAGGCAAAUGUGAAGAUUUUCAAAUCCCAGGGACAGGCUUUGGAGAAAUAUGCCAAAAAGUCUGUUAAGGUUGUGGUGGUUGGAAAUCCAGCCAACACCAAUUGUCUGACAGCUUCUAAGAUGGCCCCCUCUAUACCCAAGGAGAAUUUCAGCUGUUUGACUCGCCUGGAUCACAACCGAGCUAAGUCUCAGAUUGCUAUUCGACUUGGAUUGACCUCCAAUGAUGUCAAGAAUGUCAUUAUCUGGGGAAACCACUCCUCCACUCAGUAUCCAGAUGUUAACCAUGCUAAGGUUAAUAUGCAAGGGAAAGAAGUUGGUGUUUAUGAAGCUGUAAAGGAUGACAGCUGGCUCAAGGGGGAUUUUAUCUCGACUGUUCAACAGCGUGGAGCAGCUGUCAUUAAGGCUCGGAAAUUGUCUAGUGCAAUGUCAGCUGCCAAAGCAAUCUGUGACCAUGUCAGAGAUAUCUGGUUUGGAACUCCAGAGGGAGAGUUUGUUUCCAUGGGAGUCAUCUCUGAUGGCAAUUCCUAUGGGAUCCCUGAUGAUUUGCUCUACUCAUUCCCUGUUGUCAUCAAGAAUAAGUCCUGGAAAUUUGUGGAAGGUCUCCCUAUCAAUGAUUUUUCCCGUGAGAAGAUGGAUCUCACUGCAAAGGAAUUAUCAGAAGAAAAAGAGACCGCAUUUGAAUUUCUUACCAUUGCAUGACUAGAUAAAAAUUAUGGUAUUACAAAACACAUAAAAACUGAAGAAUAUAAAUGUCGUCUUUAAACUUAGUACCAAAUAAUGAUACUGUAUUUGACAAACUACAUAUGAAAAACCAUGCAUUUAAAGAUUGUGUUCUUCCUUGGUACAUAUUUGUGCCUACCAUGUCAUCAUGUUAUCAAAUGAUGUUAGUGAUGAAGUCUCAAUAAAAAUGACUGACUAA